GGGGUGGGGCCGGGCCCGCCCACUGAGUCCACUUUCUGCCUCCAGCCUGGGAGAGUUCCUCCCAGGAUUUCGGCCUGGCCAGCAGGAGGGAGGAACGUGCAGGGGCCUCUGAGUGGUAGGAGGCACAGCAGAGGGGAAGGGCAGAGCCGGCCACCAUGGCGACACUUCUCUCCCAGCCCCAGCGACGCCCUCCCCUCUUGCGCCAGGCCUUCAAGAUAAGGCGACGCAGGGUCAGAGAUCUACAGGAUACCCUGCCCCAAAAGGCUCAGGAGAUCGAGCCUCCAUCCCACCACUUCUCCCCUGAGGAGCGGGCCCUGCUCUACGAGGAAGCUCUCUACACAGUCCUGCACCGUCUGGGAAAACCUGAGCCCAACCAUGUGACUGAAGCCUCUGAACUGCUACAGUACCUGCAGGAGGCCUUCCACAUGGAACCCGAGGAACACCAGCAGGUGCUACAGCAGGUCCAGGAGCUUGAGAGGCCGAUAUUUUGUCUGAAGGCGACAGUGAAACAAGCCAAGGGCAUUCUGGGCAAGGAUGUCAGCGGGUUCAGUGACCCCUACUGUCUGCUGGGCAUCGAGCAGGGGAUGGGCGUGCCGGGGGGCAGCCCUGGGUCUCGGCGGCGGCAGAAGGCUGUGGUGAAGCACACCAUCCCAGAGGAGCAAACCCACCGCACCCAGGUCAUCGCCCAGACACUCAACCCCGUCUGGGACGAGACCUUCAUCCUGGAGUUUGAGGACGUAAACAAUUCAAGCUUCCAUCUGGACAUGUGGGACCUGGACACCGUGGAGUCUGUCAGGCAGAAGCUCGGGGAGCUCACAGAUCUGCAUGGGCUGCGAAGGAUCUUCAAGGAUGCCCGGAAGGACAAGGGCCAGGACGACUUUCUGGGGAACGUGGUGCUGAGGCUACAGGAGCUGCGCUGCCGGGAGGAUCAGUGGUACCCUCUGGAACCUUGCACUGAGACCUACCCAGACCGUGGUCAGUGCCACCUCCAGUUCCAGUUCAUUCACAAGAGGAGAGCCACUGUGGCCAGCCGUUCCCAGCCCAGCUACACAGUACAUCUCCACUUGCUGCAGCAGCUCGUGUCCCACGAGGUCACCCAGCACCAGGCAGGCAGUACCUCCUGGGAUGGGUCGCUGAGUCCCCAGGCUGACACCAUCCUGUUUCUCCAUGCCACGCAGAAGGACCUGUCCGACUUCCACCAGUCCAUGGCGCAGUGGCUGGCCUACAGCCGUGUCUACCAGAGCCUGGAGUUCCCCAGCAGCUGCCUUCUGCACCCCAUCAUCAGCAUGGAGUACCAGUGGAUCCAGGGCCGGCUCAAGGCAGAACAGCUGGAGGAGCUGGCCACCUCAUUCAGCUCCCUGCUGGCCUAUGGUCUCUCCCUCAUCCGGAGGUUCCGGUCUGUCUUCCCCCUAUCCGUCCCGGACUCCCCAGCCCGGCUGCAGUCUCUCCUCAGGGUCCUGGUACAGAUGUGCAAGAUGAAGGCCUUUAGAGAACUGUGCCCUGACAGCGCCCCACUGUCCCACCUGGUGACCGAGGCCCUGCGGACUGGCACAGUCGAAUGGUUCCACCUGAAGCAGCAGCAACAUCAGCCCAUGGUGCAGGGCAUGCUGGAGGUGGGCAAGGCCUUGCUGAGCCUGGUACAGGACAUCAUUGGCGACCUGCACCAGUGCCAGCACACGUGGAACAAGAUCUUCCAUAACGCCCUUAAGAUCAACCUCUUCUCCAUGGCUUUCCUGGAGCUGCAGUGGCUGGUGGCCAAGCGGGUGCAGGACCACACGGCGGCGGCGGUGAGCAGCCCCGUAUCCCCAGAGAUGGGCGAGAGUCUGUUCCAACUUUACAUCAGCCUCAAGGAGCUCUGCCAGCUGGGCCCGGGCCCCUCGGAGAGGGACGGAGUCCUCGCACUGGACAGCUUUCACCAUUGGUUCCAGCCGGCGAUCCCCUCCUGGCUACAGAAGACGUACAGCGUGGCCCUGGCUCGAGUGCAGCGCGCAGUGCAGAUGGACAAGCUGGUGCCCUUGGGUGAACUGACCAAGCAUAGCACGUCAGCAGUGGAUCUGUCCACCUGCUUUGCCCAGAUCAGCCACACUGCCCGGCAGCUGGACUGGCCUGACCCAGAGGAGGCAUUCAUGAUCACCGUCAAGUUCGUGGAGGUGCAGGGUCUUCCGUGUGUUCCUCCCCACCUUUCUAGACUUGGGUUGAUGUCUAGCCCCCACCUCUUCCUGAACCUAAACUCAGGCCCUGCUCUCCCCGCUACCAUUUUGCAUCCCCAGCUGGAGGUGGGCAUCGCCAAGCACAUCCAGAAUCUCGUGCGCGUCAAGGACUCUGUCCUGCCUGAGGAUGCCAUUCUGCCUCUGAUGAAGUUCCUGGAGGUGGAGCUCUGCUACAUGAACACCAACUUGGUGCAGGAGAACUUCAGCAGCCUUCUGACCCUGCUCUGGACCCACACGCUCACAGUGCUGGUGGACGCGGCUACCUCCCAGCGGAGCUGCCCCCUGGCCUCUAGCAGGCUGAAGAUCGCGCUGCAGAACCUGGAGAUCUGCUUCUACGCAGAGGGCUGUGGCCUGCCGCCCGAGGCCCUGCACACGGCCACCUUCCAGGCUCUGCUGAGGGACUUGGAGCUGCAGGCAACCUCCAGCCGGGAGCUCAUCCAGAAGUACUUCUGCAGCCGCAUCCAGCAGCAGGCUGAAACCACCUCUGAGGAGCUCGGGGCUGUCACAGUCAAGGCCUCCUACAGCGCCUCUGAGCAGAAGCUGCAUGUGGAGCUGCUCAGCGCCUCCAGCCUGCUGCCUCUGGACUCCAACGGCUCCAGCGACCCCUUUGUCCAACUUACCUUGGAGCCCAGGCACGAGUUCCCUGAGCUGGCCCCUCGGGAGACCCAAAAGCACAAGAAGGACCUUCACCCGCUGUUUGAUGAGACCUUUGAAUUCCUGGUGCCUGCCGAGUCAUGCCAGAAGGACGGAGCGUGCCUCCUGCUCACGGUGCUGGACCAUGACACGCUAGGGGCUGAUGACCUGGAAGGGGAGGCCUUCCUGCCACUGUGCUCGGUGCCAGGCCUGACUGGGACAGAGGAGGCUGCGGAGGUGCCUCAGACCCGCCUGCCCCUCACCUACCCCCCACCCAACGGGGACCCAAUCCUGCAGCUGUUGGAGAGCCGGAAGGGUGACCGUGAGGCCCAGGGCUUCGUAAAGCUGCGGCGGCAGCGAGCGAAGCAGGCCUCCCAGCAUGCCCCGCGACCAGGGCGAUAGCAGCGGAGGUUGGGGAUGACGAUGAAUGCCUGGUAGGGACAGGCUUUCCUGGCAGGCCUGGAUUCUGCCCACCACAGUGGAUCCCUCCAGCCUGGCCUAACACUCUAAGGGCCCUGCAGGUCUGGGGAGCUCCAGCUUGCAGACCCGCACCGGUCUCCUGCCAGAGCAGGGCCCCGCGGUGAUGGGGAAACCAUCAAUAGUAUUUAUACUCCCUCCCCCCUCCCUCUGGCCCUGGCCUCAGCCAAUCCCAGCACUGGGGGAGGGGAGGCAGCUGUCUGCUUCUCCUGCCCCUGCUCCGGCAGGGCAGGGGCUCAGCCAUCUGUCCCCGGCAUGCCUAGUCCAGGCACCGGGGUGGGGACCAGGCCGAUUCUUCAGCACCCCAGGGCUGUGUGCACAGAGCCUCCCUCCUGCGGGAGGGCGAGCAGGCCCUGCCAAAGAUGAGGCUACAGCUGCCCUGGAGGGUGGGGGUGGCAACUAUAAGGAAAGGAGCCUGGGUCCUCUCCUGAGAGGGCUGCCAACACCCGGGCUAAGGAGCCUAGAGUCAGGGACCUUCUGGCUGAGAGGUGAGAGCCUGCAGGCGUGGCGCUGGCAUGGAGGGGCGGGAGCAGAAAGGACAGCUUGGCUAACCAUAUCUACUGAGGACAUCUCCCUGGGCCAGUAGCAGGCACUUUUAUCUUAGCAAAAAUAAAAUGAAAAAAUAAAAAAAAGCAAUCUAUUGUCCCCUUAGAAAAUGUAUUGUUGGCCAGCAGUGGGGCCCGGAUCAGUCAGGCCACGCAAAUGUCCUCCACAGCCCUCAGGACACCUUGAGCUGCCCCCACCCUGGGGCCUGGCCCACAGCUCACUCCCCCGUUUACAGAGCAGGAAGGUGGGUGUGGGGGCACCGAUGCAGAAGCAGGUGCUGGGGCAACUGGCAUUACUGGUGUCUGGGCCAAGGGCUUUGGACAAAACCCUACCAGACACAUCUGCUUCUGUGGCUGCUGCCCAGCAAAGGGGGAGCACAGGAGCGGGGGGCCUCCCAGGCUGAGGCGGAGCGGGGUCCCAGCCCUGCCUGAGGGGAGGUGGCCUGUGCUGGGAGUGAGCCUGAGGCUGGUGGUCAUUCUAGCUGUGACCCUGGUUGAGUCACUUAACCUCUCUGAGACCACACCAGGACAAUCGGUAGGUCGUCUCCACGGCCCCUUUCAGCUCUGAACCUCUGAGACCCAUACAGGGAAGAGCCCAGUAGCUGUGUUUUCUCACACCCACGGAACGGGCCAGCUGAGGGCAGUGGGGCACUCAAAGGCCGAGACCCUUAGCCCUCAGGGUAGAGUGAGGUAGGAUGGAAGGAAGGACACCUCCUCAAGGGCCCACCUUUCUUUUAAUGCUUUUAUGGGAAGGCGCUGUCUGUUCCUGAGAAACUAGGGGCCCCGCUGUCCUGUGGAAAAACAGCACUAAGUAAACCAGUGACAGCUGUCAAGGGAGCCGGGAGAGGGCAGCUGCAGGGCUGAGAGGUCUCUGCGUCCCUAUCACUCAAGCACAGUCGGCCGGGGUAGAGCACUGGGCUGUCUAGGAACCUGGAUGGGCCCAGGGAGCCUCUAGGCCUCUGCAGCGACCUGGCCACACCUCAGGGGUGGGACACCAGCCGUUGCCAUGGCUGAGACAGGGCUCCCAGCCCAGGUCGGGCAGG